AUGCCGGAAACCAACGAUGGCUGGCCAGAGGAGUUUGGCUUCAGAAUCAGUGGGAAUGGCCCCUGCUACAUCUUGGCGGUGGAAGAGGGCAGCAGCGCCCAGGUGGCCGGCCUCCAGCCAGGAGACCAGAUCCUGGAGAUCGAAGGCCAGAACGUGUCCGCCAUGAACUGCGAGACCCUCAUUGCCUUGGCCAGGCAAUGCGAGACUGUGCCCCCCAGCAUUGGGGUGGUCUCCCGCAUCCAGCGGCUGGACCUCAUGCCCGGGCUGGAGGGCCGCUUUGGCUUCACCUUGGCGUGCGAUGGAGGGUGCCCCCUGCGGGUGGAGAGCGUGGCCCCCGCCUCCCCGGCCUUGGAGUGCGGGAUCAAGGCAGGGGACUAUGUCAUGGAAGUCAACGGGGUUCCUGUGAAGUGGUACGAAGAGGCAGCGGCCAUGAUCCAAUCCUGCCAGGGCCACGGCCUCCGUCUGGGGCUGCUGCGGCUGGGGAGGCUGCAGAGGUGGGCUAGCAGCAGCGUCCGGGAGUUCGUCCAGAGCGCAGACGCCAUCCAUCAGGAGCGGAGGCAGAAAGCCCAGGAGUUCAGCAGGAAGGUGCAAGAGAUCCUCGGGGACCAGCCGGAAGUCAAAGAGAAGAUGUUCACCAUCCUCAAACAGUAUGCUGCAGAGAGGAAGGUGGAUUACCUGGCUUAUGCCCUGGCCACGGUUCUCACUAAGGAGUCUCAGCACCUCCUUCUGGACAACAUCAGGAUCUUCAUCCCCCGGAAGCACCGGCAGCGCUUCGACGAGGUGGUGUCCCAGAGCCUGAUCAGCAAGCUGUGCCGUUCCAAGAGCGAGCAGCACGUCAACCGGCUGAGGCGCAGCCGCAGCGAGGACCACCACGAGCGCCUGCUCGUCUCCACCAGGGCCAGCUCGGUGCCACGGAGCCACGAGGAAAACUGCAAGGGCUUGAGGAAGACCACGUCCCUGAUCGCCAGCAAUGUGGGGGCAGGUGCAGCCCGCAGGACUGUUCGUGUCUACAAAGGCAGCCGGAGCUUUGGAUUUACCCUGCGUGGCCACGCUCCCGUGUGGAUCGAGUCUGUCUUGCCUGGGAGUCCCGCAGACAAGGCGUCGCUGAAGGCUGGAGACCGGAUCUUGUUCCUGAAUGGUCUGGAUAUGAGGAACUGCUCCCAUGAGAAGGUGGUCUCCAUGCUCCAGGGAAGCGGGGCAAUGCCCACCCUUGUGGUCGAAGAAGGCAUCGUCAGCUUUUCAGACUGCGAGUCUUCCGAGACCCUCAGCUCCUCUUCGGCCCUCACCUCCCUGCAGUGGGUGGCGGAGAUCCUGCCGUCCAGCAUCAAGAUCCAGGGAAGGACCUUCCACCAGCAGCUGGAGCACCUGCUCACCCCGCCGGAGCGCUACACCGUCUGCAAAGCCCUGGAGAGCUUCUUCCAGCACAGGAACAUCGACACCCUGAUCGUGGACGUCUACCCUGUGCUGGAUACGCCCUCCAAGCAGGUCAUCUGGCAGUUCAUCUACCAGCUGUUGACCUACGAGGAGCAAGAGCACUGCCAGCAGAAGAUCGCCAGGUUCCUCGGCUACAAGUCCGUGGCAGCUGCAGCUGAGCCAGAGGCUGAGGACCGGCAUCGCAGCUCCAUUCGACCUGCUCCCGUGUGCAGGACAAGCAUCCGCACCCACAGCUCUGAGGACGGUGGGACUGGAGCAGGGCCUUGUGAAGCUGGUGAGGUGCCAGUCCGUGUAGCCUCUGGGGAGAGGCAAGCGGGGGAUGGGACCUCCCUUCCAGAGACCCCCAACCCCAAAAUGAUGUCGGCCGUCUAUGCAGAACUGGAAACCCGGCUGACCACCGGUUUUGGAGGGAAGCUGGGCAACUUAACUUCGCGCAGAGCAUCACCUCCAAUCUCAGAACAAACAAACUCAGCAGGUGGGCGUAAGACAGGCAUGACCAUCUCCUGGCAGAACGCUGCCCCGCCCGCCCCGUCUUGCUACUACCACUCGCUCGGCGGCCUCCCUUCGCCCAGCAGCACAGAAUCCAACCCCUACGUCAGCCUGGACAGCAGCCCGGCCCCCUCCCCCAAGCACGGUGGGGGUGAGUACCCCCUCAGCCCCCUCUCCCGGAGGAAGAAGCUCUUCACCUUCUCCCGCCCGCCCCGCAGCAGGGACACGGAUCGCUUCCUGGACGCCUUGAGCGAGCAGCUGGGACACCGGAUCACCAUCGUGGAUGAUUUCCUCACGCCGGAAAACGAUUACGAAGAGAUGAGCUUCCACGACGAGCAGGGCAGCUACGUGACCAACGACCUGAGCAGCGCCAGCGAGUACCAGAGCAGCAGCGACGGCAGCUCCUUGACCUACUCCAGCUUGUCCGACCAGAUCCCACCGCCCCCCAUCAGCCCCCCGCCGCCACCCCCUCCUCUGCAGUUUCACGAGCCCAAGGAGGAAGAGUACAGGGACACGGAGCCCCUGAAGAAGGCCUCCUCUUCGGCUCCCCGUCCUGACCCCGCAGCCGGCCACCCGCAACUGGCCCCGCCUCCCCCGCCACCGCCCCCUCCGCUGCCUGUCCCCUGCAUGCCCCCCCCAGUGCCCCGGGGCAUCGUCCACCGCAGGAGCGAAUCCCACCACAUGAGCGUCAAGCGGCUGCGUUGGGAGCAGGUGGAGAACUCCGAAGGCACCAUCUGGGGGCUGGGGGAGGACUCUGACUAUGACAAGCUGAGCGACAUGGUCAAGUAUCUGGACCUGGAGCUGCAUUUUGGAACCCAGAAGCCAGCAAAGCCCAGCCCCCUGCCAGAGUCCUUUAAAAAGAAAGACGUGGUCGAGAUCCUCUCGCACAAAAAAGCCUACAACAUGUCCAUCUUGAUCGCCCACCUGAAGCUGUCGCACAUUGAGCUGCGCCACAUCCUCCUGACCAUGGAGAGCGAGCGCCUGGAGGCCUCCCACAUCAAGCAGCUGCUGCUCUACGCCCCCGACAGCGAGGAGGUGCAGCAGUACCAUGGGUACCAAGGGGACCCUGCCAGGCUCAGCGAGCCUGACCAGUUUGUCCUGCAGAUGCUUCUGGUGCCGGAGUACAAAACGCGACUGCGCAGCCUGCACUUCAAGACCACCCUGCAGGAGAAGACGGAGGAGAUCACCGCCAGCUACGAGUGCAUCUUCAACGCCUCCUUGGAACUGAAGAGCAGCAAGAAGCUGGCCAAAAUCUUGGAGUUUGUGCUGGCAAUGGGCAACUACCUGAACCACGGGCAGCCGAAGACCAACAAAACAACGGGCUUUAAAAUCAACUUCCUGACUGAGUUGAACACCACCAAGACUGUCGAUGGGAAGUCCACCUUCCUCCACAUCCUUGCCAAAUCGCUUAGCCAACAUUUCCCAGAACUCCUGGGCUUUGCCAAGGACCUGCCCACAGUGCCACAUGCUGCCAAAGUGAAUCAGAGAAUGCUGACAGCUGACCUGGACGAUCUUCACAGCACUGUCGAUGAGAUCGAGGUGGCCUGCCAGAAUAUGCCGACUUGCUCAGAGGACAGGUUUGGGGACGUGAUGGAUGCCUUCAUGGAAAGCGCCCGUCCUGUCAUCCGGUCCUUGGCCGAUCUUCAGCACAGAGCUAUGGAAGAGUUUGGCAGAGUCCUCUCCUUCUUUGGGGAGGACUCCAAAGUCACAACCUCCGAGGCAUUCUUUGGCAUCUUUGCUGAAUUCAUGAGCAAGUUUGAGCGAGCUUUCAGCGACGUGCAGGCCGGAGAGACCCAACGAAGUCCCAGGUUGACCCCGCCACUCGCCUGGUGACUGGGGUAGACGAAGGCAGCAUUGGGCAUGGUGCUUUCUUGCCAACGAAGUGCAAUUGCUCCUGGCUGUUGGGUUGUAAAUACACGCUCGGCUGAGAACUUGCAGGGGGGAGAGAGAGAGAGAGAGGACCAUGGCUUGGGCUUAUUCUGGUGCUGUCGAAUCCUGCUUC